ACCUCGAAGGGGGAAAGUUGGUCCCGAUUUUUAAUUGGCCGGGCUGUCGAUAUAAAGACACCGCCGGGGACCGGGGACUUCAGAUCAGAUGGCGAGCUUCUCCAAGAGUGUGAAGCUGUACAAGGACAUGUUUGGUUGCGCCUGUUCGGUAGACUACGGCCCGGCGAAAGAGCGUCCCGAGCCGAGUGGGUCAGAUUUCUAUGAGGCAACCAGUCUGACCGAGGGCCUGAUGGGGAUAGAUUUUGAGGAGAAGGCGUACUGGAGAAAGGAGUUUCGCUAUCCACAAGGGAAAGAAGAGAAGAAGAAAUGGAAGGAGGAGCGUCUGGCGAGGAAGCUGGAGAAACAGAUGGCUCGUCAGCAGGAGGAGGAGCAGAAACUCAAGCACCUCAUGGACAAGAAAGCACAUGCUGAGGAGGUCAGACGCAAGAAAGGCCGUCACUACACUGUGAGUGUUGCUCUCCCAGGCUCCAUCCUGGAUAACGCCCAGUCUCCAGAACUCAGAACAUACCUUGCUGGACAGAUUGCCAGAGCCUGUGUGAUUUUCAAUGUGGAUGAGAUCGUCAUAUUUGAUGAGUCUGGCUCAACACAGCCGAGCACAGAGGGAACGUUCACAGGUGUGGGUAAGAAGGGAAAUGCCAACGUGCAGAUAGCCAGGAUACUGCAGUAUCUGGAGUGUCCACAGUACUUAAGGAAAGUCUUCUUCCCCAAGCAUCAGGACCUGCAGUAUGCUGGCUUACUGAACCCGCUGGACUGUCCCCACCAUGUGCGUGAACAUGAGCUGAGUGAGUACAGGGAGGGUGUGGUGUUAGACAGACCCACCAAGGAGGGGAAGGGAUCCUUCGUCAAUGUGGGCAUGAGAAGGGAGGUUAGAAUAGACAAGGUUCUCCAGCCAGGCCUGAGAGUGACAGUCCAGCUGGACGAGCCUGGGAACACAGUCUCCCGAGUGCUGACAGGGAAGGUGGUGUCUCCAUCUGUCCCCAGGACUGAGGCAGGGCUGUACUGGGGCUACACCGUGCGGCUGGCACCCAGUCUAGGGGCCGUGUUCACAGAGAGUCCCUUCAAGGGAGGGUACGACUUAACCAUCGGGACGUCAGAGAGAGGGGAGUCCACAGAUGAUGUCUUCUUGCCAUCAUUUAGUCACCUUCUGAUAGUGUUUGGAGGCCUGCGAGGUCUGGAGUACAGUGUGGAGUGUGAUGAAGCACUGGACAUUGCCGAUGCCCGGGUCAUGUUUCACUACUAUCUCAACACCUGUCCCACACAGGGCAGCCGGACCAUCAGGACGGAGGAGGCAAUUCUCAUCAGCUUAUCAGGCCUGAGACCCAAGAUUCACGAAGCCCUUUUCCGGACCAACACUUUGGACAGCCUCAGAAGUAUGAAGAAGUAAUCAACAGGCAUUUUAAGGAGAAAGCGAUGGGCAGUCUGUGACAGGCAACACUUCUUCACAUCUGGAACUCUGAAGAACAUCUGGACGUCUUGAAAUCUUUGGAAUGAGAAUCAAGUUGCUGGGCAGAAGAAAAAAAAAACUCAUGAAAGAUGUACAGGAAUGAAGGAGGAAGUUUUACCUUUAUGACUGAUGACUUUUUUGUGAUAACUGCAACAAUACUGUUUUUGUGCCUCCGUGACAGUCUCUUUUUGCUCCAAGAUGUAUGGAUACUGAACAAGUAAUCAGUGCAACAAAAAUGGAUUUAAUAGAGGGUUAGAUGUUUAUCAUAAUGAUAUUAAUCCCUCUAAUAUGAUAUGAUAAUCACACCAUAGGCACAAAAGUAUAGCUUUCUGUUGUACAUGUUGUGUGUUGUCAAUUAAACUCCUUGUUGUCAAUGAGACUGAAUGCAAAUUUUUGCCUUACUUAUGUCUUGUUGCACAGGAUACCUAGUUUACAUUGACUGCAAAAUAUAUAUAUCUACGGCAAUACUGUUUAUUUACUUGUGGAAUGUGUGGUAAAUGUGACUUGAUGAUCAAUUACUGUCUAUCUACUUUGUUAUGGUUACCACAUUCUAAGGGAAAUGAAAGCAAUUGGAUACUUGGUUUUCUGGGAGUUGAAAAAAAAUCAUAACGUUACACUUGCCAAAACUGCUUUUAACUUUCCAAUCCUUGCAUAUAAGCAUGGAUUUGUGCCAUUAAAGAUGACACUGCCUUUUUUAUUUAACAAGCUGUGAUAGUCUAUUUACACUUAAGUCUGAGGUGGAAUGCC